CAGAGCCCCCAACGGGCGGUGACUCGGGGGAGUGCUGCCGGGAAGAUGCCUAAAAAGAAGCGGGAGAAUCUGAGCGUGGCUCAGGAGAUAGAUGGGCUGGAGGAGAAGCUGUCCCUGUGCAGGAGAGACCUGGAGGAACUGAAUGGCCGCCUUCGCAGGGAGGAGCUGAGCCCAGAAGCCAGGAGAGCUUUGGAGAAGGAAAAAAACAACCUGACAAGCAAAGCCUCCAGCUAUGAAAGGGAGUUGAAGUCCCUGCGCAGAGAGAACCGUAAGAACACGUUGUUGUCUGUGGCAAUCUUCUUGCUCCUCCUUCUCGCCUAUGCCUACUGGACUAUGUGACCCUACUGAUCUCCGCCACAAACCACAGGGAAUCACGAUGCUUUUGAAGAAAACUGGACUAGGACAAUGAAAGUUGAUCCCUCUUUCCGGACUCUACCUGCUGCCUCCCAAAGAUGCCUGCCUGCCUGCCUAGACACUAACAAGACCCUGGGGGGGG